AUGGAUGAUAAUAUCUUCAACGAGACUGCAUCGCUUCAGUUGCUGAAAUUAAAUGACAAUGGAAUUAGAACGAUCGAGUCAGGAUCAUUCGACAAACUUCGUGAAUUAUCUGAACUAAAAGUUGAUCAUUUUACGUUGUGUUGUUACGCGAAGAAAGCACAACCCAGCGUGUCUUGCACCUCUCUCGGUGACAGUGGAAUCUCAAGUUGCGAUGAACUUUUGAAAAACUCUGUGUUAAAAUACAGUAUAUGGGUUCUUGGUGCGCUUGCGUUCCUGGGUAACCUGGGUGUCGUCAUCUGGCGUAUCGUUGGAAAGGAUAAAAACCGCGUCAACUCGUUUCUACUGACAAAUUUAGCCGUUUCUGACUUCAUGAUGGGAAUCUAUAUGUUGAUAAUCGCGUAUAAGGAUAGGCUCUGGGACGGAGUCUAUUUCAAGCACGACUUUUCCUGGCGUGCUUCUGAUCUCUGUAUAUUUAGCGGAGUGAUUUCGACCAUCUCAAGCGAAGUGUCGGUAUUCACGCUCUCUCUCAUAACCUUCGAUCGACUCAUCUGUAUCGUUUUUCCUUUCAAGUUUCGUAGAAUGUCAAUGAAACGUGCAGUUUACCUUACUACCUUCAUAUGGAUUCUAGGAACUGCCUUGGCUGUAAUCCCUUUAACGGACGAUUCAUAUUUCCACGAUUUUCGACGCCGGACACAUUUCUACGGCCGCUCACCAGUUUGUCUGCCUUUUGAGCUGUCGAGCGAAAAAUCUCCCGGCUGGGAGUAUUCGGCUUUUGUCUUCAUCGGCCUUAAUGGUGCGUUCUUUAUUUUUAUCGUCGUUUCCUACGCUGUGAUGUACAAGACAAUAACCCAGGCAGGUCGAGCCGUCAGAUCCACCAGAUCCAACCAGGAUUCCACCUUGGCUAGGAGGAUGCUGUUCAUAAUCUUGACGGAUUUCUUUUGUUGGUUUCCGGUUAUCAUCAUAAGUAUAUUAGCUUUGGUGGAUAGCUUGCAUGACCCGAGAAAACAGGUGUACGCAUGGAUAGCAGUGUUUGUGUUGCCGAUAAAUAGCAGUCUUAAUCCGCUGUUGUACACAUUCUCCACGCCCUUCGCCCGCUGUUCGUCGAUAAGAAGAAACAGCCACCCGUGACAAAGUGUCAGAAAAAACAUCAAGGUAUGAGGCUAUGGGCAAAUGAAUGAAAGACUGAGAAAUGGUUAAGAUACCCUUUCAUGCAGGUAGUUCAGACACAAACGACGACAGCUUAUUGUAGAAUACUACCUACACUGGACCACUAUACGUUU